GUCACUGGGCUAGCUGGCGUACGUUUCUCCCCCCACCUCCCCGGGCUGCUUAAAAAUUUCCCCUAUAAAUAGCAAGGUCUCCCUUGAGUUCUACUCCCUGAAGGCCAGCGGGCAGUCCCUUCAUCCCUCACCUUCUAGGCUGGCGCUCCCCCGGGGAUCCUGGGGGCUGAGGUCCAAGAAGGACCCAGAAGGGCAGAGCCAUGAAUGAGCACCUUCUCCUUCGAGUAGCUGUGGGCAUUUGCUAUGCCAUUCUCACGACCUCUGCGUGGUCAGUGAACAAUUUCCUGAUGACAGGGCCCAAGGCCUAUCUAACUUACACAACCAGUGUAGCUCUGGGUGCCCAGAGUGGCAUCGAGGAAUGUAAGUUCCAGUUUGCGUGGGAGCGCUGGAACUGCCCGGAGAGCGCCCUGCAGAUCUCUACUCACAACCGACUGAGGAGCGCUACUAGGGAGACAUCUUUCAUCCAUGCCAUCAGCUCUGCAGGGGUUAUGUAUACCAUCACCAAGAACUGUAGCAUGGGGGAUUUUGAGAACUGCAGCUGUGAUGAGUCCAACAAUGGAAAAACUGGUGGCCAUGGCUGGAUCUGGGGAGGAUGCAGUGACAAUGUAGAGUUUGGGGAGAGAAUCUCCAAACUCUUUGUGGAUGGUCUGGAGAAGGGCAAGGAUGCCAGAGCUUUGAUGAAUCUGCACAACAACCGGGCAGGCAGGCUGGCUGUAAGGGCUACCAUGAAGAGGACCUGUAAAUGUCAUGGCAUCUCAGGUAGCUGUAGCAUCCAGACUUGUUGGCUGCAGCUAGCUGACUUCCGUGAGAUGGGGGAUUACCUGAAGGCCAAGUACAACCAGGCCUUGAAGAUAGAGAUGGAUAAGCAGCGGCUCCGGGCUGGGAACAGUGCUGAGAGCCGGUGGGCCCCAGCAGAGGCCUUUCAUCCCAAUGCCGAGGCUGAGCUGAUUUUCCUGGAGGAGUCCCCUGACUACUGUAUCCAUAACUCCAGCCUGGGCAUCUACGGGACUGAGGGCCGGGAGUGCUUGCAGAGUGGCCGCAAUCUGUCCCAGUGGGAGCGGCGCAACUGUGCGCGCCUGUGUAUGGACUGUGGACUUCGAGUGGAAGAGAGGAGGACAGAGGCUGUCAACAGCUGCAAUUGCAAGUUUCAGUGGUGCUGCACAGUUAGGUGUGACCAGUGCUGGCAAGUAGUGACCAAGUACUACUGCACCCGAGCUCCAGGAAGCUCUCGAGCUCGGGCCAAGGGCAGUUCCAGUGCCAGCUAAACUCCCUUUCCCCACCAUAGUGGGAUCUGAGAACCCAAAGGGGAAUGGGAAUGUCCUUCUUGGAGAAGAGGACAGGUAGAUGAUGGUAGCCAGGGCAGAGAUCAAAGGUCAGGGUUCAGGGAUAGUUGUACAGGGAAGAGAGUUAUGGUCUGUCUUCCUGCAAAGGAACCACCUCCUACUGAACCCUUGAAAUCUUAGUAGUAAGGACAUCUCUCCCUUUGUGGAGCCAGAGAGAUUUCCUUUAUUAGGGCCACAGGCCAGUGUCAAAUUUUCCCAGUGGUCCAGACACCCUGAUCCAGAUCACAUUCUACCCUGUUGGUAGACUAAGUGUGCCUUGGACAAAAUUCUAUACUUGCUAGACAACAUAAUGGCUACCCCUUUUUCUCUGCCCCUUUACUGAGGAAGCUCCAGAUAAGGUGAAGAUCCAAGCAGACUUCCUAAGGGGCAACUCUGUACUGUGUCCCAAGAGCUCAGGGAUGCAAGGGGAAGGGCAUACUAUAUUGACCACUGAAGCCACCCUGAACUUGUCACCUAAGUAGUCACAAAGAUUACAUAGAGUGCUGAGACCAAGAACAAUGUUGGGGAGGGUUUCCAUCUUUGGGGGAUUUUAUUUUAUUUUGUUAAUGGGAACUUGCACUUUAGGUUGAGAAAGGUGCCUCUACACAAACAAUCCUUGAGAGGGUGGUAUGAAAGGUGGAGCAAGGCAGAAGUGGACCCAACUCAGCUCAACCUAAGCCCAGCCCAUCACUCAUCUGGGCUAUCCUAGACUAUGGCAGUAUCGCCGGUCCACAGAUGGAGAAUUGGUGGCCACAGUGUACCCCAGUGCUCUCCCAUCUAGGAUACCUCCUAGGAUUAGCAUAUCUCUUGGGGUGCUGGGCACCCUUUCUCUCUUGUUCUUUCUCUAGAUGGAAAUGUCAGACCUUGUUUUCUAAUAAAUGCUUUUAAGCAAAUCAAUUCAAACAGAUUUUUCCCCCUUCCUUUGAGAGCUUUAUGAGCAGAGAUGGCAGGGACAAUCCUGCCUCUGUUUCCCUCUGAUUCACAUGGACAAUGGGGGAAAGUGGAAAUAGGAGUCUCUUCUCUUCUUACAAUAAUACCCAUUUCAUCCAGAUGAGAAAACUGGUGCCUCUGGAUAACAAAAAGCAGAAAGGACUCCAUAGAAGGGGGUGAAAUCUGUUCCCAUUGGUGAGGAUCAUAGAUAUGGAACUGGAAAGGACCACAGAGGCAGGCUCCCACAGAAGCCUUUUGAACCUGAAGCAUGUUUGACAUUCUAGGGGCUCCAGUGUACAAGUUUGGCUCUUGGGUGCCAGGUAGGAAGAUUCUGAUGGUUGUGGAUUCAACAUUUCUCUGUUUUGUCUUCCCUGUCUUGCUCUAUUCUUGGAUUACUUCAUGAUGGGGAAAGAAGAGAGAGAUUUUUUACUGAAAAGAAUGGCCCCUGGUGGUGCAAUUAAUAUCUGCUGAUUGGAGUCUCUCCUCCCUAGGUAGACCUAGGGUCUAAGUAAGGAUCCUCAUAGUUUAUGGCAGGAAUUCAAUAAAUAUUGGGUGGAUGAGUGAGACAUUCAUCAGCCAGUUCAGGAAAUGCCUCAAAAGUGCCCCUCUCCCAGUGAAAGUACAAUCAAUCCAAAUUGAGUUCUUAGGGGGAAAGAAAAAGGCAACUAAUCAGGACCAGCCCAGAACUGUCAUGAUACAUUUUAGUCUCCAACCCAGAAUCUUGGGAGAACAGAGGAUUCUGAGAUAUUGCAUGGAUCAGAUCUAGCAGAAAAAUAGGAACAUAGUAUUUAUUCCAUAUUACAAUAGAAUAAGGGAAAGGGUAGGGUAGGAGUGGGAAAAUGCUAAUUCCCACCUAAAUGUGGAAAUGUUUUAAGAAGGGGGCCAGUAAUAUAAAAACAAAAAAAGCUCAGCACUUUAAAUUGCCCUUCAUACAAGUAACAUAUAAGGAUGAAACAGCAUGUUUACAGUUAACAUACAAUAAAACAACACAUACACAAUUAAAAUAUAAACAUUUAUAAUACAUACUCCUUGUAAAACCUACAAGUAACAUACAAGGACAAAACAGCAUGUGCACAUGAGUAACAACAAGGACAACUUAUAAUAAAAUAUUCUUAUACAUUUUUUAGUUGUGCACAUGCUGUUUAGCUCUAAUAGAAAGUAAUUUCUUACAGAAAGAAGAUUUGAGUUUUAGGGUUUGUUUUUAAAAUAUAUUCCCAGCCCUAGCAAAGUAUUUUGCAUUUAGUAGGUUCAUUGAAUUAAACUAAAUAAUAAUGAAUUCUUAGAGAGUAAGGAUGACGGGGUAGCAUAUUUCUGUCUGGACCAUUCUUGGACCACUAAGCAACAUGGAAACUUCUCUCCAAACCCUCAGCUUCUGGUUCUGCUUCCUAAUGAUCCACAAAGUUAAGUGGGAAACUGGAAACAAUAGUUUCUGUAGCAUCAUCCAUUUCACUGAUGAGAAAACUGAGGCCCAGCCUGAUGAAGAGGAAGAAUGCUUUUGAAGGGAAUGGGAUCUGUUCUAAUUGGAGGUGACCUCCUAAGGACUCCAUCCAUAGAUGUAUGCAUAAGCCUGGCUCUUAGAUGCCAACAAGUCAUCACCUCAGACAAU